AUGUCAUCCGUGGUGAAGGUAGCUUCUCAAGAGAACCAUGAGGAGAGCAACAAUGAACGGCUAGAUUUAAUUCACCAUAUGGAUCCAAUAGCCACAGAUAUGUUACUCCCUAAUGAGACUUUUCUCGAAGCUGCCAUUUCUCUCAAGGACCAGGUAGUUGAGGUGACGAGGAAGAGAGAUGGUAAUAUGGGUACGGGUAUCGACCCGACGGUGUAUACGGGUUUGCUUGGGACAGCUUUCACUUGCUUGCGGUCGUACGAGGUAACCGGUAAUGAGCAGGACCUGCUAUCGUGCUCCGAGAUUGUUGACAAGUGUUCCGUUUCCGCAUGUGCCUCCUCCAGGAGCAUAACAUUCUUAUGUGGAAGAGGAGGAUUAUAUGCACUUGGAGCCGUGGCCGCAAACUACAAGGGGGACCAUCAAAGACGUGACUUCUUUUUGAAUCUCUUCCUUGAGGUUGCACAAGAGAGAGCCCUCCCCAUUGGACCUGAGGAAGGUGGUUUUGGCAUGUCAUACGAGCUUCUGUAUGGGAGAGCUGGGUUUUUAUGGGCUGCUUUGUUCAUAAACAAGCAUCUUGGUGAAGGGACACUGCCUAGUGAUCUUCUGAUGCCUGUUGUUGAUGCUGUUUUAGCUGGGGGCAGGGCAGGGGCAUCUGAUAAUGCAGCUUGCCCACUGAUGUACAGAUGGCAUGGAACAAGGUACUGGGGUGCAGCCAAUGGCCUUGCUGGAGUCUUGCAAGUGCUACUUCACUUUCCUCUCUCCAAAGAGGAUGUCGAGGAUGUUAAGGCAACUUUAAGGUACAUGAUGAGCAACCGUUUCCCUCGUAGCGGGAAUUACCCUUCAAGCGAAGGAAACCCAAGGGACAAAUUGGUGCAGUGGUCUCAUGGUGCAACUGGCAUGGCCAUCACCCUCUGCAAGGCAUCUGAGGUGUUUCCAAAUGCUAGGGAGUUCCGAGAUGCUGCGAUAGAAGCAGGGGAAGUUGUUUGGAAGAAUGGGUUAGUGAAGAAGGUAGGCCUUGCUGAUGGGCUGGCAGGAAACGCUUACGCCUUUCUUUCCCUUUAUCGUCUUACUGGAGAGAUCAUAUAUGAGGAGAGAGCUAAGGCAUUUGCAAGCUUCUUGUAUCAUAAUGCUAUUGAACUUGUGAACAUCGGGCAUGCUCGUGGAGCUGAUCAUGCAUAUUCUCUUUUUCAAGGACUAGCUGGGACUGCUUGCCUUUGGUUUGACCUUCUCAAACCUGAAAGUUCCAGGUUCCCAGGUUAUGAACUUUAA